UAAAAGCAGAGUGAAUCAUAGAUGUAACCUAUAAUAAGAAUUCUUUUUAUACAUUUUUGGUCCCAGUUCGCUCAACAGACGCUGCAUCUCUGUCUGUGUAUAAUGAACAUGUUUAAAGUGGACUUUGAGCAGUUUGGUUACAUGUUUACAUUCUGGACUUUUACUCUCUGUCUGGCCGUCAUCGUCUGGACCCCCGUUGAAGGUCAGUCUGAGGUGAUUGGGUCAGCUCAGCCAAUCAUCACUUCUCCAGGUGAUGAUGUCAUCCUGCCAUGUCACCUGGACCCUGAGUUCAACGUACAGAGGCUGACGGUGGAGUGGUCGAAGCCCGAUCUGAAGCCUGACCCCUCAGAUCGGCUGAGUCGGGUUGAAUACGUCCAUCUUUACCGGAAUAGACGCGAAGUCCCCGACAUGAAGAUCCCAGCGUACCUCAGCAGGACGGAGCUGUUCACAGAUGAACUGGAGCGCGGAAACAUUUCACUCAAGAUCAUGAACGUGACGCUGGCAGAUGAAGGGAGAUACAGAUGUUUGGUUCCCAAGUUGAAGAGCAGAGUGAAGUUUGCAAUUGUUCGACUUGUUAUUGUUGAACCAAACUCUGAUGAAACCUGGACAACAGAGACGCCGCUGCAUCUCCAAACUCCUGAUCUGAAGGAUGAGAUGGACGUUAAAGGUGGUUGUUACAGUCAGAGAGCUCUGAUCUCAGGUGUGGCGAUUGGCUGCAUCUUACUAAUCUUUGGUGGUCUAGUUGGUGGAUAUUUAUUUAAACAAAGGCGUCAACAACCAAAUCAUCCAAAGUAUGACAUUGUUGUAAGCAAAUCACCUUCAGUCUAGCUGACUUGCUCCAAUGUACUUUACUGGCUGAUGUUAAAGGAGAUGAGAGCGUUAAACUCACCUGGAUCCUUCUGGGGAUUUAAACUGGACACAUGUGGUCUCACUGGAUCAGCAUUAGGGGGGUUUCUACAGCAGAUACAAGUUUUCUUUGUCCACAGCUCACCUAAAGCUCCUAGAUGGAUCCUGGCUGGAGGAAUGCUGAUCCCCAAAGUGAAAAAAAAUGAUUUUAAAAGCACCACCUGACUUAAAACUGACUUAAACCUUCCUGAAAUGAUUGAUUUAGAUCCACAGCCUGGAUAAGAACUGUGCCAGUUAAACCAUCAUGACCUGCAAGAUUAGAUGCAGGUUCAGUUUUAUUCAUCAACUUUUUCAACAACUCACUUUUAAAAGUGUACUUUGGCAAAUCUUGGUGUGUGGCUCCCUCUAGUGGUUAAAAACAUGUAUGUUGUGGACAGGAGAGGGUCAAUGUUUCUUCUUUUGGUAUUAAAAGGCUCUGUUUAAACUGUG